GCCCAUGACUUGCCAGUGAUUAUGCAGGAAACGAAGUGGAACGCAAGUGACCUUGUUCUUUAUCGGUUCUUUUUUAUCUGUCGUUUUUAUAAAGGCUUGAGCGAAAGGUAUUUCAGUUACUCAGUGUUCAGUGCUGCCUCAAGUCACACUCUCUUCAGACGAGUUCAAAUACAAGUUCGCAGAACUCGGCAACUCAAGGAUGCAAGAGAAGAGCCAGGAUUUCAGAUAUGAAGUACUGGAAGGACCGCUCGUCGAGAGGUUCAGAGCUGCGAACCAAACUUUUGAAGGCGAUGGCAUUAUCAAAGUAUGGCCGCCCGGUUGCGCCAUGUUUGCCGAGUACCGAAACUACGCCGACAGGGUGCGACGCUUGGCAGUGAGGGAGGAUGACGUCUGGGUCGUGACAUACCCCAAAUCUGGAACGACGUGGAUGCAAGAAAUGGUCUGGCUUCUUGUCAACAAUCUGGACUACAAAACUGCCAGGAGCAUCCUCCAGACAGAGAGGUCACCCUAUCUUGAGAUUGGGUGUUGGGUAACUGAAGCAGCCAGAACUAAAGCAAACAUUGGAGAUUCUGUACGUGAAGUGGAGAUGCUGAAAUCUCCACGUUGUAUCAAGACCCAUCUGCCACUGCAAAUGUUGCCGGAACAACUGUGGACAGUUAGGCCCAAGAUCAUCUACGUGGCUCGGGAUGCGAAGGACGUCGCCGUGUCCUACUACCAUCACCACCGCCUCUUCUUUGGAUACGCCGGCUCAAGUGAGGACUUCUUUGAGGCCUUACUGGCUGAGAUUGUUCCAUAUGGUUCCGUGUGGGAUCACAUUUUGGAUUUCUGGAAGUUGCGCCAUGAACCAAACGUGAUGUUCACUACAUAUGAAGAGAUGAAAAAGGACUUGCCCGGGGUGGUAAAGCAGACAGCAGACUUCCUGAACUGCACCCUGAACUCCGAAGAGAUGAAGCAACUCUGCGAUCACCUCAGCUUUGAGUCCAUGAAGAAUAAUCCUUCAGUAUCACAUGAAAUUGAAGUGGCUAAACUUCGCGGAAUGCAGACGAACAUAAAUGGAGAAAUACAGCCAUUUAUGAGGAAGGGUGAGGUUGGAAGUUGGAAGCAAGACAUCACGCCAGAAAUAGAGAAGAAAAUAAACCUCUACACCAAAAUGAAACUGGCAGACACUGAUUAUGUGUUGCCCUUUACAAAAGAGAACUGUACUGCGAAGAUGAAAUAGCAAAUUAGGUAUUUUUGAAUCACAAGAUGCAACGCAAUUCUAAUCCCUUAAAGGACAGCGGUAACUAUGUGUACCACAUUUCUCAACAUUGAAAGCUUUCCAUUUUGUCAGCACAGUGUGCUUAUGUGUGUUGUGUAAUUCCCGGAUUAAACAGAGAUUCUUUCCCCUAACCAGCAUUAACAGAUUUGUCUAUGUAAUAGGGAUAUAUUUGUUUACUGCGAGGUGGGAACUCAAAUGGGUAAGAAUUAUUUAGAUGAAAUUCAAUCUUCAAAUAAAAGUUGGCAGCAAAGAA